AUGGAGUGGUUAGAGAAGCUUGGUGCUAACGUAACCCAUGCUGAUUUGGAUGAAGCACUUCUCUGUUUCCCACAUGAGCCAGACUCCUGCCUCCGAGCAGCUCGUUCCUUUUUCAGUAGAGUUAUCAUGUACAUUUUAAUGCUUCCUACGGUACUUCUGACUGUUUUUGGGAAUCUGCUGGUCAUCGUCACUAUUUCCCAUUUUAAACAGCUGCAAUCUCCAACUAACUUCAUCAUCCUCUCGCUGGCUGUCGUGGACUGUCUGCUCGGCUCGAUGAUCAUGCCUUUCACUAUGGUGCGAUGGGUGGAAGGCUGCUGGUUCUUGGGGGAGAUUUUUUGCAAAAUCCAUUCCAGUUUAGACAUGACAUUAAGUAUAGUGUCCAUCCUUCACCUGUGUAUGGUUUCUAUUGACCGCCACAAAGCCAUUACUGAUCCUCUGGGUUAUAAAAUGAAAGUGACGAAUGAUAUCGUGGUCGUAGGAAUUGCUGUCAUUUGGCUCUUCUCGUUCUCAUUUAGCUUCGGUGUGGUAUUUUCUAAUACCAAUCUUGAAGGUUUAGAGGACAUUCUAGUGUUGAGUUCCUGUGUUGGAAACUGUGCCUUGGUUUUUAAUAGACAGUGGGGAGUCAUUGUUGCCCUUGUGGCAUUUUUCAUUCCAGGAACUAUCAUGAGCUGUCUUUACCUUAAAAUAUUCCAUGUUGCAAGAAAACAAGCUAAAGUAAUGUCUGAGAGAGCUACAUUUGGAAAAUCUGAAACAAAGAACAAUUCUUCAGAACAGAGAGAGAGAAAAGCUGCUAAAACUCUAGGCAUUGUUAUGGGAAUUUUUCUGAUUUGCUGGUUGCCGUUUUUCAUUGCUACUAUAGCUGAUCCAUUCCUGGACUUCUCAACCCCUGCAGAUGUUUUUAAUGCCCUGGUUUGGUUUGGUUACCUUAAUUCUACUUGCAAUCCUUUGAUCUAUGGCUUUUUCUAUCCCCGUUUUCAAAAAGCAUUUAAGAUGAUCAUAUCUAAAUAUGUUUUUGACCUUAGUAACUCAGCCAACCUUACACUCUAA